AUGUUUAAUGUUAGUGCUACUGUAAACGUAUCUCGUUUGAUGUAUAAUCCCAGACUUUGUUUACCGCAUCUUACAGUCAAAUCGUUCGAUAACUUACCAAUUCCAUUCGAAAUUCCUGGGCAUGAUGGUGUGCAGAUCAAAGGUGUUGUUAUAGACAAAGACAAUUGUUUUGCAAAAGACCACGAUGAUAAGGUCUGGCCGGCAUAUUCCGAAACGUGGAAACGGUUAACACAAGCGUAUCCUGCAGAGCAUUUGCUUAUUGUGAGUAACUCUGCCGGUACUAAUGAUGAUACCAAUUAUAAUCAAGCUUCCAAAUUAGAAAAGGAUACUGGAGUGACAGUGUUGAGACAUCCUACAAAAAAACCUGGGUGCCACGAAGAAAUACGAGACUACUUUAAGAAGCAAGGCAUAACAGAAGCUAAUGAAAUAGUAGUCAUCGGAGAUAGGUUAUUCACUGAUAUGCUCAUGGCCAAUAUGAUGGGCUCUUGGGGGAUUUGGCUCAGUGAAGGUGUUGAAUUGUCUCAGAAAGUUUUUCCAAGAUUCGAGAGAAAUUUAUACCACAGGCUAGUUACUCUGAAAAACCAACCAAACCAGCCACCCAUCCCAUCUCUGAAAUAA